AUGUCCGAGAUGAGGUCUGAGCUAUGCCAACUGGAGAAUAUUGCUCAUCAUUUCCGCCCGAGAAAAUAUUUUGCAAGAGGUGUAACGACAUCUUACGGACCGUUUCAUGAUAUACCGGCAGCCAGCGAGUUUCCUCCUGGUAUGUUCUAUCUAAUAGCACAGAAAAUAGCAGUUCUACCGAGCGGCAGAGUUGUAUUCCGCGGUGACACAGCUGGAUUGCUGAUGGGUCAUCUCUCCUGCCCACUCAAUACUGCUUCAUUGGAAACACGAUGGGUAGUUGUAUGGUCGGACUCACAUUCAUGA